AUGAACACUAUAAUAACGUGUUUUUUACUAUUAUUCAGCCUAAACUUUAUAGAAUGUUCGUUCAGAUGUGAUUACAAAUAUAGUGUAGUUGCGAAGGGAUGGUUCAAACACUUCGUAGUGCCUGCUACCUGGUUCGAUGCUCGACUGCGCUGUGCUCUUGAAGGUGCAGUACUACUUUCUCCAAUCUCACCUGAAUUGGAAGCUGAAAUGACACAAAUUUUGAAGAAUUUCUUUACAUCAGAGUCUGAAGUCUUCACUGGAAUCCAUGCUACUAUCUCAAAUGGAAAUUAUUAUUCGAUGGAAGGAAUUCCAAUUAUCGACAUUCAAUUACCCUGGGCUGAUAAUGAACCGGAUAACAAAAAUAAUAAAGAAAGAUGUAUAACUUUUAAUGGUAAUGGGGAUCUAGCUGACCGAAUGUGUGAAGACACGAGACCUUAUAUCUGCUAUCGAGCUGGCAGUAAAGAGGCGAAGACCAAUGAAUGUGGGACUGUUGAUAGCGAAUACCGCCUCGAUAAAAGAACAAAAAGUUGCUACAAGUUCCACAGAGUACCCAGAACGUUUGCUCGUGCACACUUCGCUUGUUCAGCCGAAGGCGGCCAUCUUGUUAUAAUUAACAGCGAAACGGAAGCUAAGGUCUUGAAAGAACUCUUUGCAAAGAACCAUGCUGUUACAAUGCCGGGGGUGUUUUGGAAAGAUGUGGCCUUUGUUGGUUUCCAAGAUUGGGGUGAACGGGGAGAAUGGAGAACUAUUCAUGGUGAAACGUUAGCAGAGGCUGGUUAUGACAAGUUUUCUCUCGGUGAACCACUCAAUGCAACUACUGGUGAAUUCUGUGGCUCCAUCUACCGGACAGCUAUGCUCAAUGACCUCUGGUGUGACAAACCGGCUCCUUUCAUUUGUGAGAAGAAUCCUGACUAUCCAGCAGUCUGCCAUCCUUUGACUGAUUAA